UGUGUCAAAGAUAACCUGUGAAAAUAACCUAAAUGAUUUUCAGUCAAAUUAGCAGAAAAAUACUUUUAAAACCAAACAUUAAAAAUACAUGCAAGAUGAGUAUAUUUGUACAAAAACUAAAUCCAUUAACUGGAAAUAACGACUGGGUUAUACAAAAUGAGGAAUACGAUUAUCAUCAAGAAGUAGCGAGAUCGGCCUUUGCUGAUAUGCUCCACGAUACAGAGAGGAAUCAGUUAUAUGAAAAUGCUUUAAUUAGUGCUAUUAAUGAAAUUCAUUCUCGAGGAAAAAAGGCUAAAGUGCUAGACAUAGGAACUGGGACAGGGUUGUUAUCUAUGAUGGCAGCAAGAAAUGGAGCUGAUAGUAUAGUGGCAUGCGAGGCUUUUAAACCAAUGAGCGAAUGUGCUGUUAAGGUAAUUGAAUCAAACGGAUUUAAAGACAAAAUUAAUGUUAUACCAAAAAGAUCAACUGACUUGUCUGUUGGACCAGAGGGUGACUUAAAAGAGAAGUGUAACAUUCUGGUUACUGAAGUAUUUGAUACUGAAUUAAUUGGAGAAGGAGCUCUAUCAACGUUUAGUCAUGCUCAUAAGCAUUUACUUGAAAACGAUUGUAUUGUUGUUCCCGAAAGUGCGACGGUUUAUGCUCAGGUGGUUGAAUGUCCAUUAGCACAGAACUGGAACAAAUUAAAAGAUUUUUAUAAUGAUGACUUAGAAAUUCUAUUAAAAAUACCAGAUUUAAUAAAAACUUGUCCAGGCUCAUCUGCAGUACAUGAUAUUCAACUUAGUCAGUUGCCUCUGUCAUCCUUUAAUUCUAUAGUACCACCAAUACCAGUGCUUAGGUUUGACUGGUCUGGUAAAACACCUUUUGUCUUUACUCGAUCAACGAUACAAAGUUUAAAAGCUGUUUCCCAUGGCAAGGCCCAAAUGGUUUUUAUGUGGUGGGAUCUACAAAUGGAUAUAGAAGGCAAGCAUAUUUUAAGCUGCGCACCAUACUGGGCUCAUCCAAAAUCAAAAGAAAAAAUAACAGUGGAUAUUCCAUGGAGGGAUCACUGGAUACAAGCCAUAUAUUAUUUUCCUGAAGAAGUACGAGUGGAAAAAGAUCAGGAGAUACAUUUAAUUAGCUGCCACGAUGAAUAUUCUUUGUGGUUUAAUUUAAGAACAGAUCUUAAGCUUACUGAUAUCCAUUACCUAAAUCCUAUUUGUGAGUGUGGCUUACAUGUAGCUUUUUCAAGGACUAGGAUAGGACAAAUUAAUGACAUGAAAAGAAACAAGAAAUAUUUAAGAUUAUUUGAGAAUCAUAUUGAUAAGAAUAGUGUUUUGUUAUUUUUAAGCGAAGGUUUUUAUUAUGGGCUGGUAGCUGCAAAGUUAGGAGCAAAACAUUUAUAUUUCCUGGAGACAAAUAUCCUUUCGAAGAGGGUGCUUGAAAGUAUUAUCAAGUUUAACAACAUUAAUAAUGUGACUAUACUGAAAAGUAUUGAUGAUUUAAAGUUGAUCGACUUAAAGGAUGUCACAGUUAUAUUUGGUGAACCAUAUUUUACUAGUUCUAUAUUACCAUGGGACAACCUACUAUUCUUUUAUUUAAGUGACAAUGUUAGGACACUAUUAAACCGAGAAGUUGAAAUAUAUCCAAGAAAAUGUUUAAUAAAAGGCAUGGCAGUGAAGUUUGAUCACUUGCAUAAAAUCAGAGCUCCCCUGAUAUCAUGUGAAGGUUUUCUGAUGAAACACUUUGAUGAUUUAAUUUUGGAAUCCAGCAAUAUUAGUGAUGAUAAUGUUGAAGCUCAACCAUUAUGGGAGUAUCCCUGCAUAGCCGUUAGUGAUGAAAUUACAUUAGCCGAAGUAAAUCUUGCAAAUGGAGGCAAUAUAAAUUUGGAAAGUACACAUACUUUUUCUAUACAAAAUGGUUUAAGUUGUAACGGAGUGACCUUCUGGGUUGAAUGGUGCAUAGAUGGAUCACCAAAAAGUACUAUAUCAACGGGUCCUGUACAUCCUGUUUCAGUAGGUAAGAGUGUUGAGUGGGAUAAAUAUACCAGGCAAGGCGUUUAUCUAUUACCAAGCAGUACGUUAGAAAAUAUAAAUUGUCGUUUUUGUAUAGAUCUUAAUGAGGGAAGUAUAAAGUUUAAAUUUUUAUGAAUGAUUUUUUUUAAU